AUGAACCGCCGGUUCGUGAAUCUGCUGGUGGAUAAGUUUAGCGCGCCCCGACCCGCCAUCAAGCUGCACCGCAUCGACCCCGCGACCUUGUUCUACCCCACGGGAUCACCAAAACCAGCAGAUCCUGUAGCAGGUCCGGCUCCAGGGAGGCUGCCUCCAGCCGCCAUGUCCUUCGACCGGCCAUGUGAGCGGCACCACACAGGGUGGAUCGAUUUCAUGGCCUUCAAGAAGAGCAUCGUCGUCGCCGUGGACAACAAGGGCCGCACCCUCCUCUACGACAGCGCCGCUCGGGCCGUCCGCGCCGUGAACCUGAUGCAGCCCCCUCUUGACUCGCCCCGCGUGUUCGUGGGCAUGGGCGACCGCCUGUACGUCAUGGAGAUCGAGGAUGGCCUGCCGUCCCGGCUUCGGUGGUUCCAUGCCCUCAUCUACGGCCCCCCGCCCGAUUUCCUCGGCCAGCACGAUUGGUAUUGGCGCCCUUUCGACCUGCCCACCUUUGAUCACCCCGACGCUGAUCGCGACUCGGAUAGUGAUUACAUGUUUUCUGAUUACGACUCCGAUGGUGAUUACAAAGAUGCUAAGGAUCACUCAGAGUCAGAGUACAAGGAGACGCCGUCGCCACACCCCUGUGCUAUCUGUGCCUUCACGGUGGUAGGCGACUCGCAGAUCUGGGCGUCCACGGUGGCCGCUGGCACGUACUCAUUUGACACUGUGAGCAGCGAGUGGAGCAAGGUCGGCGCGUGGGUGUUGCCAUUCAGAGGCCGCGCCGUGUAUGUUCCUGAGUACAAGCUCUGGUUUGGCUUCUCGGACGAGGACGACAGGCUCUGCGCGGCCGACCUCACUUUGACACAGCCGGUGCUGGAGAAGGUGUGGGAAGAAGACCCACCUCCGCUCGAGGCGUGUUCCGUGACAGCGUCCCACCUCCUGCCUUUGGGCUCCGGCAGGUUAUGUGUGGUCAGGAUGUUCGUGAAGACUGAAGAGAUGGGGAGCUUUGCAGUGAUGUCCGGCGUCGAGGUUUUGAGGGAUGGCGGCUCCGGGAGCCUCCGAAUGAUCAAGCACAAGUGCAGACGUUACAACUUCGGAGAAAGAGGUGUCGUCAAACUAAUCUAA